UACGGUUGCACGGGAGCACGGGAGUCAGUGACAGGAAAAUUUAACAGAAGUAAACAAACCUACAGCACGCGUAAAUUAAGUUGUUAGUUUUGUUCAACAGUUUGUUAGAAAGUUUUCAACAUUACAUUAAAUUCAACAUAAUAUGAGUACCACAAUAAAUAGCGACGAUGAAGCUCUUCUAGAACAAAGUUUUGUGCGCAACACGCAGCCGGUUAUACAGAAUGGAUUCGCCGAUGGCCUUUCCGAUGGUCGUGAAACGAUCUAUCAGAAAGAUUUCGAUCGAGGCUAUCGGUCCGGUUUUGCGAUGGCUUUCAAGUUGGCGCAGCACCAAGGAUUUUCGGCCGGCCUUCAGAAGCAGUUGGGUAAGGAAACCAUCGCCGCGAGCAUCUCCCAGGAUCUGAUUCUGAAGCAGCACGCGGCCCGUGCACAUUGCCUCGUGUGCAACGAUAAGACGAUGGAGCAAAAUUCUCUCGAUGACAUUGUGCUUUCGCAGAAUACGCACAACGAUGGCGUGCUGGGGAAACUGAAAGAACGUUAUGGGAUUUUGUGAAGGAGGGAAUUGAAACAACGAUAGUUUGGAGUCAGAUGCGUAUUCAAUACUUUUUAUUUACUUGCUUACUUGUUGUUUUUAGUGUAUAAUGUACUUCUUGUAUUCGAUAUCUGUUAUGAGUGAUGUAAGAGCCGUAUGCCUAAAAUACAUUGACUGUAAGAUCAUCUACAAAUAA